GUGCUGAUGGGACUGCCAAUAACGGAGAGACCACAGAAUACAGAACACCCUACAUUUUCAUUUAACCUACUGAAUCAAGGCCUGGUUAUGAUAAGUAGAACUUAAUAUAGGACCAAAAAACUGAAAGAAUAUCUCGAUUUACAAUAUAAUAGCGAACCUGCUAAAGUCAUCAAGAGAGGAAUAUACGUAUCGACACUGUUUGAACAGUUGUGUGAAGAUACAAACUCUUCCCCUGCAGGACUGGAGAAGACCCCUCAAUAAUUCUAACAACAUUCAAGGCUAAGGAAAUACUCAUUUAUUUUUCAGACAAGAUUUAAACAGGACUAGUAAUGGGCAGCACCAGCAGCUCUACAGUGGACGACCUACAGGCAGUAGAGCUCCACCACUGGUACAAGAAGUUCAUGACUGAGUGUCCUUCAGGUCAGCUCACCCUACAUGAAUUUAAACAAUUCUUUGGUUUGCGAGGACUAAGUGGAGAAGCCAAUAGCUACAUAGAGCAAAUGUUCCGUACUUUUGAUAUGAACAAGGAUGGAUACAUUGAUUUCAUGGAGUAUGUUGCUGCUCUCAGCCUGGUUCUCCGUGGAAAAAUUGAGCAAAAACUGCGCUGGUAUUUCAAACUCUAUGAUGUGGAUGGAAAUGGCUGCAUUGAUCGUCAUGAAUUGCUUAAUAUAAUCAAGGCAGUGCGAGCGAUUAAUGGUUGUGACCAUGACACCACACCUGAAGAAUUCACCAAUCGAGUUUUUGACAAGAUUGAUAUAAAUGGAGAUGGGGAGCUGUCGCUGGAGGAGUUUGUGGAGGGUGCUCGGAAGGACGAGGAAUUUAUGGAUGUGAUGAUGAAAAGUCUGGAUCUUACCCACAUAAUGACAAUGAUUAACAACCGUAGGCACAGUGUGUGAUAUCAGCAAGUGGCUUGUGGGACACUGAUGCGGUGCCCGUACGGACGCUCCAGCGGUCUCCAUGGUAACUCCCCUGUUCACCUGGCGCACCCGGCACGUCAUCAUCCAGCGAUGUGGAAGACAGCAGAGCGGGCUGGCUGGCAGUGGAGCCGCUGAACAGUACGCAGACAGAACAUUGCUGACCAAGAGAUUGUGCAGUCACUUUCACAGCCCAGGCUGCUGCUGUGACAACUAAUUGCCUGCAUAUUUCAUUGUGCUUUCCAUUUGGAACCACAGUAUAAGAACAAGGCUGGCUAUUAACAGACUGAAAG